GAUCACUUCCUUUGCUCACAAGUUACAAAGUGUAACAAAAUCCAAACACUCUUUUGACACACUGAUCAUGGGAAAUACACUACAAAAAAACCAAGAACACGAAUUGCCAGUAACAGAAGAACCAGAUGAACCUCAAUCAUUCACCUGCGAAAUUUGUGUCGAGCCUAUGUUGUUACCCAACAAGAAAUUCAAGAACCAAAAUCGUUGUAUUCAUCCAUUUUGUACCGACUGUAUAGUAAAAUACAUCUCCCUCAAGCUAGAGGACAACGUCGGCGACAUUCCGUGUCCUUCUCUGGAUUGUAAGCACUUUUUCGACCCAAUCUCUUGUCGGAAUCUCGUUGGUCUACAGCUGUUUGUUAAAUGGUGCGACGUAUUGUGUGAGUCAGCUGUAUUAGGGUUGGAGCAGUGUUACUGUCCGAAUCGGAAUUGUUCGGCUUUGAUUUUGGAUGAGUGUGGAGGGAAAGCGAAGCGAUCGCAGUGCCCAAAUUGCAAAAGAUUUUUUUGCUUUCAGUGUAAGCUUCCAUGGCAUGCUGGAUUUCAGUGUGAAGAGAGUCGGGAAUUAAGGGAUAGAAACGACGUCGCUUUUGGUGUGCUUGCGGAACUUAAUAAGUGGAAAAGGUGCCCUCAGUGCCGCCGCUUUGUUGAAAAAACUGAAGGUUGCAAAAUUGUUAAAUGCAGGUGUGGUGCCGGUUUCUGCUACAACUGUGGAAAACGAGUUUAUCAUCACUGGUGUCAUUGUAAUUCUGCUUCCACAGGGACCUUUUACUGUUUUGUAAUUCUUGCUAUCAUAUAUUUCUUUAUCAUCUUAUGGAUUCACUAGACUUUGCAUAGACAUUUAUUUCUAUUAAAUUUGAGGUAAAAAGUAGGCUCUUUAAACAUU